AUGCAGAAAUUUAUCAACCAUGGUCAAAUAGUAAGAAUUUCUUUGGAUCAAACUAAACGUUAUUGCAGUAAAAGUACGGCUACAUAUUAUGAAAUUCUGGGAAUACCAAAGGAUGCAUCUAAAAAAGAUGUCAAAGAAGCAUUUAUUAAAUUAUCAAAAAAAAUCCAUCCAGACAAAAGCAGCGAGACAUCAGCAAAAAGUCACAAUGAUUUCGUAAAAAUAAACGAAGCAUACCGCGUCCUGAGUAAGGAUCACUCACGUCAGCAGUAUGACUCUCAUUUGAAGUACAAUCAGGGCCAAGGUCCGCCAAAUUAUCGCGCUUACAACCCGCAGGGUGACGAUCCUUACAGUCGUUCAAACGCGUAUUACCGCAGCAACUCGUUUUACCAGGAUGCCUGGAGAAUAAGGUAUCAACAGCAGAGACGAGCAUCCCCGAAUGACAAAAAUUUCACACCUUCUAAAAUAGUUAUCUACUGCUUCUUAAUUUCUCUGGUUGGAUCACUUCUGCAGCUUUGGGCGGUUAUUAAGUCGCCGAUCUUCAAUCGGGAAGAGAUGAAUAGAAGGUCUGAACGUUAUUUCAACGAUUACCGUAGAGUUCGUGAGCAAGUAGUGAACAAUAAUACCAAAAUUCUCAAUGAUCUUCUAAGCAACUCGGAGUUUGAUUCUGAUUCUGAUGAUAAUAAUAAUGAUAAUUAUAAUAAUGAUGAUAAGGAUGAAAUAAAGUGGUAAAAAAAAAAAAGUAGUAAUUUCAAUAAAUGUAUAUAAAAAUUGUAA